UAGACUUAUUGAUUACAGACAAAGCGCAAUCUCAAGCUUGACGAUGCUUGUAGCAGUUCCUCCAAAUCCUAUCACGAGAGUGGACUUGCUGCAUGGUGAAGGUGUCAGACCUGCAGGAUUGUCAUCGCUGCACCCAAACCUAGCUUUGAAGAGAAGGUGCAACACUUCAGGAGAAUGAAAGCAAUGCCAACGAAGAAAAACGCAUGCUAACAACCGUCGCCUCCACGGUAUGGUCGCUCACGUCACUGCUCGCUGCAUCGUUGAGUCCGGAAGUCCGGCAUGAUGCGCGACAGGAAUGCCUCAGGAGUGCGGAGAUGACAGGUGCGGUUCCUGCGUCUGCGCCAUCGCGACAUCGAGCCCCUUUGCUUAGGCAUUGUCGACCGCGACCAAGAGGCGACUCUACGCGAGAGACUGUGAGCCUAUCUGCCGAAAGCGCGGCGUUCCUGCUCCAACGGGUGGCCCCACAGGCAUGUAACGGGAAGAUCCACUUUAACGGGCGCCUGAUCUCGAAACACCAACAUCCCGAGGCUCUUCGCAUUCCAUGGGAGCACCACUCACCAUCUGCUGUUCCUUCGCACGAGCAUAGUUUCCGGAAUUGAGCCGGACAUACGGCAUGGCACUGCGCCAAGCCGUCGUGUUUGCAUGUGGCGUGCGACGUUCUGAUUCGAAACUUGACUUUACGGUCG